UACCCCUGCAGGUGACAUGACUUUGUGUUGUGUCUGAAGUCAAAGGUUAACUUAACUAAAGGACCUCUUUCCUGUCAUCUACUGGAGAGAAAACUGCACAGCCAAUACACUCCAGUCAAAGAGGAAGUGGGAGGGUCUUACUGCUCUGACAAAAAUAAUUCUAAGUGUUUCUGGUCACAUCACCAAGAGGGAGAAUGAAGCAAACAUGUCUUCGGCUCCUGUUGACCUCAUUGCUCUGCUGCAGAACAAACUCAGCCUCCCUGACUGUGAGUCCCAGCAGAUCUCAGAUGUUUAAAGAUGAAUCUGUCUCUCUGAGCUGUGAGGAGGACGACAGCUCUGCUGGAUGGACUCUGAGGAGGAACACAACCAGAGAAACCAGGACUCAGUGUGAAGAUGGCUGGGGAAGAUCUGCUGGUUCUUCCUGUAAAAUCAGCUUCAUGGUCCCCGGGGACAGUGGAGUGUACUGGUGUGAGUCCAGAGAGGGAGCAACCAGUAACAGCAUCACCAUCAAUGUCACUGGUGGACCAGUGAUCCUGCAGAGUCCUGUCCUCCCUGUGAUGGAGGGAGAAGACCUCAAUCUGACCUGUAGAACAAAGAUGUCCUCCAACCUCCCAGCUGGUUUCUAUAAAGAUGGCUCUUUCAUCAGGAAUGAGCCUGCAGGUCACAUGACCAUCCACCAUGUUUCCAGGUCUGAUGAAGGCCUCUACAGGUGUCACAUCAGCAGUGUUGGAGAGUCUCCACCCAGCUGGGUCUCUGUCACAGAGAAACCCACGACUACAAGUCCUCCUACAACCUCCACUACAGCCGUCACCACCUCUGAGAAACCCACAACUACAAGUCCUCCUCCAACCUCCACAACCUCUGGCUUCAACAGUUCUUCCUCUCCCCCUCCCCCCACCUUUCCUCCUCUUCCCCUUGUGUUGGGGUCUGCCGUUUCCAUCGGUGUUCUGGUUCUCCUGGUUGUCCUGGUUCUCCUGGUUCUACUGGUGAGACACAUCCGUAGGAAACCCAAAGCAGCUGAAGUAGAAGCUGGAGAUAAUGACGUCACAUACAGUGAUGUCACAGUGUUACGUAACCUGAAACAGCCAAUCAGACGGAGCAGAGAGAGUGAUCCUGCUGUGAGAACAGAAGACGUCUGUUACGGACAAAUAGUGAUCAAAGACAAGAAGACAAACAGGAAGAGAGAGAGUGAUCCUGCUGCAAUCUACUCCGGAGUGAGAACAACAGACGUCAGUUAUGGACAAAUAGUGUUCAAAGACAAGAAAACAAACAGGAAGAGAGAGAGAAAUCCAGCUGCAGUCUCCUCAGCAGUGAGAGGAGCAGAAGAUGUCAGUUAUGGACAAAUAGUGAUCAAAUCAAACAGGACCAGAGAGUCCCCAGCAGAGCCAGAGGUCCUCUACUCCUCACUGAGGAAGACCUGAACACCAUCACACCAGUCCAACCAAUCACUGGUCCCCAGAGACCCGCACACUUCGGUACAUUCUUCUGUUUGAUUUCUUAUUAUGAAGAAAUCAAACAAAAUGAAAUUAAUGCAACAGCAAGGAGACAAACCACUUUCAUUUAGAGCGUGUUUGCGUUCUUUCAAUGGGUUUGUGCAAAAAAAUACUUCCCCUAUAAGUGUUUUAUCUGCUGAACAGAGUCUAAUGAUGAUAACUAUUUACUGAUAUUGAUAUUGUAUUUAUGAGCUUGUUUCUGUGCAGGAUCAAUAAACUCUGAUGUCACCGGU